CCCGCACCAUCCGCAUCAUGAGGAUACCACUGCCUCCUGGCUGAUCCAGUUCCUCCUCCUGCCGGGCCGGGCUAUGCAGCGGGCAUGGAGGGUACGGGCCCCGCGGUGCGGAGGCGGCGCCUCCUCCCCGCCUGCCCCCAAGAGGCCGAGCCCCGGGGGCAGCUGCGCCAGCCCCGAGUAUAAUAAUGACAGCGAAGAGGACAUGUUUGGGAACUAUGACAGCUUUUCUGGAAAUGAUUCUUUACUAGCUCAAGUUGAUGACCUGGAGCAAAAAUACAUGCAAUCUGUUGAUUUUGCUUUGCACCCAGAAAAUCUGGAAAACAAAGCUAUUGUAGAACCUGCAUCAGGGAAGUUUCACAUGCAGCACUCCAAAAGCAAGGAGCUCGUGUUUUCUACCACAGAAAAUAUUAAUGGUUUCAGAGUGAAAGAAGAAGAUAAUUUCUGGAGCAGUCCAAAUGAACAAGAAGAAAGGACUCAAGAACUGGGGGAUUUUAUUUUAGAUGAUUUGCCAUGCUCACAGCCGCUAUAUUUCAAGGAAGUGGAUGCUUCUACAAAACAAGCAAAUGCAAAUGCUGGUAACAAUCACAUGAAUUCUGGUCUUGGCAGAAACUUGAAUCAGUCAUUUUGUCACAAUGAUGUAGAGCAUAGCAAAACAAAUAAUGAGCCAUCCCCAAACAUCACAACUGAUUUGAAUAAAAGAAAGUGUCUCAAAGAUCACCUCAAAAGUGCUAUGGCUGGAAAUGCUAAGGCUCAGUCUCCACAGAUUUCUAAAACUAAGCAGCUCAAAGAAGCUAUUCUGUCUGAAGAGCUGUGUGUUGCCAAAGAAACAAUUGAAGCUUUCUCUGUUGAUCUUGGUCCUUUUUAUGGUUUACCCAGUAAAGUUAAAGAUCUUUUUGUACAGUUCCGUGGGAUUGAAAAGCUCUAUGAGUGGCAGCACACUUGUUUAACAUUAGAAUCUCUGCAACGAAGAAAGAAUUUAAUAUAUUCAUUGCCAACCAGUGGUGGAAAAACACUUGUAGCUGAAAUUUUAAUUCUUCAAGAAUUACUCUGCAGGCAAAAAGAUGUUUUAAUGAUUCUGCCUUAUGUGGCUAUUGUCCAGGAAAAGGUUUGGGCUUUGUCAAGUUUUGGAGUAGAACUAGGUUUCCUGGUGGAAGAAUAUGCAGGCAGUAAAGGAAGAUUUCCUCCAAUCAAGCGGAGAACAAAGAAAUCUCUGUACAUCGCUACUAUAGAAAAAGGACAUGGCUUGGUGAAUGCUCUGAUUGAAACCAGAAGAAUUGGUGAUUUGGGCCUAGUUGUAGUAGAUGAGCUGCACAUGAUUGGUGAAGGGAGUCGUGGCGCUAUCCUGGAAAUGACUCUUGCAAAAAUUCUGUACACUAGCAAAACUACUCAAAUAAUUGGAAUGAGUGCAACUCUAAACAAUGUUGGAGACUUGCAGCAGUUCUUGCAAGCGGAGUAUUACACUGAUAGUUUUAGACCGGUGGAAUUAAAGGAGUAUGUUAAAAUACGAGACGGUAUCUAUGAAGUUGACAGCAAAGCAGAGAAUGGUUUUACUUUUUCACGUCAUCUUAAUUUCAAGUAUUCUAGUAAUCUGGAAAGAAUGGAUCCUGACCAUCUUAUUGCAUUGGUGACUGAAGUUAUUCCAAAUUACUCCUGCCUAGUCUUUUGUCCCACUAAAAAGAACUGUGAAAAUGUAGCUGAAAUGAUAUGCAAGUAUCUGAAGAAAGAAUAUGAAAAUCACAGAAAAAAAGAGAAACAAGACCUUCUUAUGAACUUGAAGAACAUUGGUAAUGGAACAAUCUGUCCUGUUCUAAAGCGAACAGUUUCAUUUGGCAUUGCUUACCAUCACAGUGGGCUUACAAGUGAUGAAAGGAAAAGUAUAGAGGAAGCUUAUUCUUCAGGUGUUCUAUGCCUUCUUACCUGCACAUCUACUUUAGCUGCUGGAGUCAAUCUACCAGCUCGAAGGGUUAUUUUAAGAGCACCCUAUGUUGCAACAGAAUUCCUGAAAAAGAAUCAGUACAAGCAGAUGAUUGGCAGAGCUGGUCGAGCUGGUAUUGACAGUGCUGGUGAAAGUAUUCUUAUAGUGCAAGAAAAAGACAAACAUCUGGUUCAAGAUUUAAUAAACAGUCCUUUGGAAAACUGUUGCAGCAACCUUUUACUUGAGUUUACCAAGGGAAUACAAAACCUCCUUCUGUCCUUGGUUGGGUUACAGAUUGCAAGAAACUUUGAAGAAAUCUGCAACUUCAUGUGUGGUACACUGUUUGGUGUUCAGCAAAAGACACUGUCAAAAGAAAAGAGCCUCUCAGAUAUAAUUAAAGAAUCACUGGAAAGCCUAAUAGAAAAGGGACUCCUAAAAAGAAAAAUCAUGUCUGAAAAGGAACAAAAAUCCCCAAGUAAUCUAGCGAUCACACAGUUGGGUCAAGCUGCUUACAAAGGAUCUAUAGACUUGGCAUAUUGUAAUGCUCUCUACAGAGACUUGAAGAAAGGUUUAGAGGGGCUAGUACUUGAGAGCUGCCUUCAUCUACUCUAUCUAGCAACUCCAUAUGAUGUGAUUUACCACUGUAACCCAGACUGGAUGAUCUAUUUUAAGCAGUACACUCAGCUAAGUGCAGUAGAACAGAAAGUAGCAGAUAUUGUGGGAGUUCCUGAAAGCUUUAUUACAAAAAAGGCAUCUGGUCAAGUCAUCAGAACGGAUGUGGACACUGGUGUUGUAAAUAGGCUAUACCUAUCCUUCGUUCUUUAUGCCUUGCUAAAAGAUACCAAUGUAUGGGUGGUUUCAGAAAAAUUUAACUUGUCCCGUGGUUACGUGCAAAAUCUCCUUAACUCGGCUGCCACGUUCUGUUCCUGUGUGCUGCACUUUUGUGAGGAAUUGGAGGAAUUUUGGGUUUAUAAGGCCCUGCUUACAGAACUUACCAAACGAUUGACCUAUUGUGUUAAGGCAGAACUCGUCCCUCUCAUGGAGGUGGCAGGUGUUCUAGAGCCUCGAGCAAAACAGCUUUAUAAUGCGGGAUACAAAACUCUAGCACACUUAGCUAAUGCAAAUCCUGAGAUACUGGUGAAGAUGGUUGAGCAUGUGUCACGACGUCAGGCCAGACAAAUCAUUUCAUCAGCAAAGAUGUUGCUGAGUGAAAAAGCCGAGGCUCUACAAGAAGAAGUUGAAGAACUGUUGCGGAUGCCUACAGAUACCCCAGAGGGGCUGCUGACUACUGCCACAAAACCAUGAAGCAACAGCAUGAGUUGUCACAGAUCUCUAUAUAUUUUAGAUUUCCUUUUGCUGUACAUGUGUAAAGCUUUGUAAUAAAUAAUUCUGUACACCUUAUUUGUGUACAUUUUGAAAUUAGGAUAUUCUUGAAGCAUGGGUGUUAUAUGAUGGUCUGAUGGUUACAAAUCACAGAAAAAUAGGACGGGACAGGACCUCAGACAGUCACCUAGUCCAGCCUCCUGCUGAAGGCAGGAACAUCCCUGUUUAAACUUGUCUCAUGAGGUGCUUGUCAAACAUGUUCUUAAGAACUUCCAAUGAUAGAAGAUUCUGCAGUCUGUCUAGAUAAUCUAUUCCAGUCCUUAACCUCCUACGUAGUGAGAAAGUUCUUUCUAAUAGCCAACUUAUGUUUCCCUUGUUGCACUUUGGCACCAUUACUCAUCCUGUCCCAUGCAGAUGCAGAGAAUAGCCUGUCAUGGUCAUCUUUAUAACCCCCCUUCAUCUAUUGAGCAGCAGAAUGGACGUGUAAAUAAAUAGCAGGAAAUGCGUCUUUGUCAUCUGUCAUUAUUUGUGUCAGUAGUUCCCCUGUAUGCACAUUGGAUUGUUGGAUUUGUGUUGGACAGAAGGGAGGUAAUAGUGCCCUCACCAGGUAAAAUGGCUUUAGUCAAGAUGCAGGAGUAGGAAUGAAGCAGUGAACCCCACAAAAUCUGUUUCCUUAGGAGAUGCAGUAAAAAGGUUAUAUGUAGUAGAAACAAGCAGAGAGAUUUAAUUCUUCAAAACUCCAGUCUGAGGAAAAAUUAGGUUAGCAUUUGUCAUCUCUGCCACUAAGUUUCUACGGGCUGUAUAGUGCCAGGUGGAUGCUCACAUCUCCCACAGGCUUUCUCUAAUGCGAACUUUUGUUACCUUUAAAUUUGAAAUAAUAGUCCCUUCAGCAGUUUGAAUCAAACCCCUGCUGUAGUCAAAUUACAUCUCAUUUGCUUUCAUCAAACUAAUCUAUUCAGUCAAGCUAAGCAUUAUUUUUUUUUACCUUCCAUUCUCUAACUCAGAAGUUCCCAACCCCUGGGCCACUGGGGGUUUUUGAUGACAAAAAAGAAAGGUCAACAAAAGGCCUGAUACCGAGCUGCAAAGAGUUGGCUGCCAGUCCACAGGAGGGUUGGCUGCCAGGCUGGAAGUCCAGAAAUGAUCGGCAUACUGCGGAUCAGCAGCCAACCCUUCUUUAUACAGGACGCCGGUCACUCUGGACUGCAGUUUCCUGGUCCACAGUCACAUCCGGUCCGUGGUUUGCCAGUCUGUGAUCUAAAAAGGUUGGGCACCCCUGCUCUAACAUGAACAUGUAGCAAUAUAGAGUUAAAAAAAAAACCUACCAGAACAAAAUACUCCAUUGCACAAACUUCUCCCCCAGGGAGGAAAGAACAAACGUGACAGAAGUUAAUCAUGUUUAAGGUGCCACUGGAAGGUGCUCAGUAUGCUGGUUCUUGAGCAUAAUAAGGGAUCUACAUAACAUACAGUGUAGAGCUACGUAUGAACUUGCUAUUGCAAGGCUUUAUCCCAUGUUGGCUUCAGCAAAUUUUUAGUAGGAAAUGAUUUUUUUCCCCUGUUUAUUAAAAAGAUCUGACAGUCCUUAGGGCUUAUGACUACUUUGAAGGAAAAAUUUUAAAAGGAUUAGUGUGCAGUAGAAGUUUUUAUCUCCUGUAUGGAUGAUCAAAAGUGUAUUAUUCACCCAAAGGUACUAUUAUUUCAAAAUAACAGCAUCCACACGGAGAUCUAGUACAGAAUAACUUGAUCUUUUUUAAUUCACACCCUAUCAUAUUCUACACAAACUGCUCUGUGCCAAUUUGCUCUUCCACAUGAACGUUAUAGAAUGGAUUCAUCAUGUUCCUAAGAUCAUAGCAGGGGUCCAGAGUCUGGAUUUAUAAUUCAGUGUGAAUUGGCACGAAGAUUUUCAGGAAAUCAUUUUAAUUCUAUGCCUGUAAAACUGGUCUAAUACUAAACCUACCUUAAAGAAAAGGACUGUCUGGGUCAAAAUUCCUAUUUACACAAUCACUAUAAUAAGUGAAACUUGCUUUAUUCUAGAUGGCCUGGGUCAGUCGCAUGGAAAUUGCCUUGCUGCACUAUUCUAGUUCUCUCCCAUUUGUAAAGCUUCAUUUUACCUUACUCAUUGUGGUCCUAGCUUUGGAUAUUGCUUGUAACAUAAAUCAACUAUUUUGAGAUAAGUGGCUUUUGUGACUUGCUUUUUAAGAAGGUUUUCAAUGUUUUGUUCUGUGUUGAAUGUUUUAGGGGUUUUGAGUGUUGGAGUGUUCCAGAGCAUUGGAGUGUUCCAAAAUUGUCCAGAGUUGUGUAUUCUAUAAUCAUAUAUUUAUGUUCCACAGAACUGCAGCAAAAUGAUACCAUUUUGUCACCAUGACAAAUCUAAUUUUUCUACAUAGCAAUGGAAUGUUUCCUCUUCAGUCUGAUUGUAUUGUAUGCUAUUUUUACAGUUUCCUGAAUUAAGAAUUCCAUUUAUCACAGUAAACAAAACUUUAAAAUGGCAAACUACAUUGUUUAAAUUAGAAUCUUGUAAAAGUAACCGUA